UCGCCCCUGAACAUCCCAAGCUGUUGCUAGGUCUCAGACCUCUCUUCGUGUCGCGCCUCGUUGUUUGAAGAGAAAUCUUUGUUUUUAUUAUUUUAAGUAUAUUUCUUGUGAUCUUUCGCCAUGGGUUGUGACGGCGGGACCAUUCCAAAACGACACGAACUCGUUAAAGGGCCCAAGAAAGUGGAGAAGGUUGAUAAAAAUGCUGCACUGGUCGCCCGCUGGUACUACUGCGCUCUCACUCAGGAGAAGCUGAGCAGACCUGUUGUCUCCUGCGACCUGGGAAGGCUGUACAACAAAGAUGCUGUUAUUGAGUACCUGUUAGACAAAUCUGCUGAAAGGCCCAACAUGGAGGUUGCAGUGCAUAUCAGGGGUAUCAAGGAUGUGAAGGAGCUGAAUCUGACUGAUAAUCCAGCCUGGCAGGGAGACAGAGGGAACACCAAGGGGGAUCGCUAUGAGGACCUGCAUCGCGCUUGCUAUAUCUGCCCUGUGGUCGGGCUGGAGAUGAACGGGAGACACAAGUUUUGUUAUCUUCGGACCUGUGGCUGCGUGUUUUCAGAGCGUGCCCUAAGGGAGGUUAAAACUGAGAUUUGCCACAAGUGCGGCGACCCGUUUCAGAAUAGCGACAUUGUGAUUCUCAAUGGGAGCAAAGAGGAGGUGGAGGAGCUCCGUAAGGGGAUGGAAGAGCGCCGAGCCAAAGAAAAGCUGGGAAAGAAAUCCAAGAAAUCAAAGGCAGCUGAAACUGUUUCCAAAUCAGAGGCUUCAAAAGGUCAAAUUAAAGAUAACCCUGGCCCAUCUAAAACUACAAAGAAUGAAUUCAAGACAGCCACUGGAAAUAAAGCAGAAGACAGCAUUGAAUCAGCCCCUGAGCCUUCCAGUUCAACAGCAGUAUCCAUAAAACCUGUUGCCGCUGCUGGCAGCAAGAGGCUGUUCUCAGGCAGCGAUGAGAAGUCUGAGGCUUACAAAUCCCUCUUCACCUCCCACAGCUCUGCGAAGCGCACCAAGGACCAGACGUCUAACUGGGUCACCCACACGCCUUACCACUUCUAAAACAAAACUGUGCCCCUGCCCAGUGGAGCUGACCUCCUCUGUACCAAAUAAUAACUACAGAAACUAAACGGAGAGAUGUAUGCGAUCAAUGCCUUUUUAGACGGCCGUAGUGUAGGGGAUGGCAAAAGCCGGCUUUUGUUUUUUAGGGAUAGCACAGACAUUGCUUGUGUGUGUGUGUUUUUUUUUUUUUUUUUUUGUUGCUAUGCUAAUGGGAGUUUAGGAAGAGCUAGUUAGGACCCGGCUGAUAUGAAUGUUAGUUACGGAUUUCUAUUCUAAUCUCUUUUGUGCUAGCCAGCCCUGUUGGAGGUGUGUUGCAUAUACAAAUCCAGCUGGUAAAGCCAUUCAUAGCUAACUGGUGAACAAGGAGUGGACAAGACUCUUUAUUAAAACAAAAUAAUUUAAAUAACAAAGGAGUGAAGUCAAUACAGUGGCAUCAAACCCAAUUACUGCAGCAAACUAGAGCACGCUGUGCAACGUUAUGACUACACUUGUCAGCUUUUAACGCUGUGUGAAAAUGAAUGAAUCAUUUCUGUUGUACUGUCUUACAAAUCUUAUUUCACUGUCCCCUUUGUAAAAAACAUAAUAAAUGGUUAAAUAUU